GGCAGAACUUGUUCGGUGAAAGCGUAGAGUGCGGAUUUGACCUUGUUCGGUGGACUCGUGUUAAGGGGUACUUGAUUUCGAUAAAGAAAAUAUUCUGGAUCUAGCAACAAAUAAGAACCACUCCCAGUUUCUGACACACAUACUAUUCAUUACGUUUACUUGACAAGAACUAACAAUUAGAAAUAUUACAUACUCACUAUGUCUAUGAUUGCUCUGUUUUCUAUUGUCGCUGCAGCUGCAGCUUUUAAGGCUUUAUUCUUCUUUUCCUAUCAUUCAACUGACUUUGAAGUACAUCGCAAUUGGAUUGCAAUUACAUGUUCACUUCCAGUUUCUAAGUGGUACUUUGACGAAAUUUCAAUAUGGACACUGGACUAUCCUCCAUUGUUUGCGUUUUUCGAAUGGAUUUUAUCAUUUAUAGCUGUCAAAAUUGAUCCCAAUAUUUGUAAUGUUACCUCUCAUCCAUACGUAUCAAACGGGCUCAUUAUUUUUCAACGACUUAGUGUUAUUAUUACUGAACUUCUAAUGUUUGCAGCCCUUAUGAGAUUACUGCAUUCUCUGAAACAGUCCGGUAGUGGAUUCUUAAAACGAAGUUAUUAUCCACUGUGGUUCCUUUUUGCAUUCAAUUUUGGACUGCUUAUUGUUGACCAUAUACAUUUUCAGUAUAAUGGAUUUUUAUUUGGGAUAUUAAUUCUAUCCAUGACAUAUAUGAUUGAAGAAAAUUAUAUCUAUGCAUCAUUCUGGUUCACUACACUUUUAAAUCUGAAACACAUAUUUAUGUAUAUUGCUCCAGCUUAUUUUAUUCAUAUUUUGAUGAAUUAUUGUUUAGGAAAAUGUCGACUUUUCGAUAUUGUCAAAAGAUUGAUCAAAAUUGGCAGUGUUGUUAUGCUAGUGAUGAUUGCAUCAUUUGGAUAUUUUAUUUGGACAAAUCAAUUAGAACAAGUUUUCAGUCGGCUUUUCCCAUUUAAUCGGGGUUUGUGUCAUGCAUACUGGGCACCGAAUUUCUGGUCCUUAUAUAAUUUCAUCGAUAAAGUAUUAGUUGUUCUUGACGAUCAUUUUCUUCACAUAUGGCCUAAGAAGAUUUCCUCUACUGCAACCAUGACUGGUGGUUUAGUGGAAAAUGUGGAGCAUGUUAUUCUGCCUACCGUAAAGCCUUCACAUACGGCGCUUCUGAGUUUGCUGUUCAUGCUGCCUAUUUUAUGUGUAUCAAUGAGAAAAAGUCGUUUAUUCAACUUUUCAACUGCUAUAAUUUCUCAUAUCUUUUUAAAAUCUGUAAUUAUAACAGCUUGGUCAUGUUUUAUGUUUGGUUGGCAUGUACAUGAAAAAGCAGUUUUAAUGUUUUUAUUACCCUUGAACUUGUUUACAUUGACGUCUGGAGAAUAUCGGUUUCUUACUUUUUAUGUGAGCACUUUGGGAUACUACAGCCUCAUACCAUUGAUUCCUUCAAAUGCUGAAUUUCCAGCUAUCAUAUCGAUUUACCUAGCUCAUACAUGUAUUCAUUGGCUUAUUCUAUUUCGUAUUCUACCGGCGAAUAAUAAGAAUAAUAAUGAUAAAAUAGAAUGCAAUCAGUCACGAUUACAACGUACUAUACAACGAAUUGGUUGUUUACAUUUAUGGGGUCUUACACUGCUGUUCAUAUUCACAAAAAUAAUCUUGCCAUUAACUUAUUUAGGACAACGUUUACCUUUCUUGCCAUUAAUGCUUACUUCAGUGUAUACAGCGAUUGGAUUGUUUUGUUCUUUUCUCAUAUUUCUAUGUUCAGCAACAAAUUGUUGCUGCCUAUCAUCAUCAUCAUCAUCAACAACAACAACAACUAUGAUGAAGGAUACAUCAGAAAAGGUUAAUAAGUCUAAGAAGAAAAAUCAGUAAUUGGUAGAUAAUGUAAUGAAUGAAAGGGUCAAAAGGGUAUUUUGUAUUAAUCUGUCUAUAUAUUUGUUUAUUUUUCUUUUGGGCUAUUUCUACUUUUGUAAUAAAAUAUAAUUUGGAUGAAAAAAAA